CAGAGUGGAUACUUGUAUAUCAGACAGUUUCAAGUUUAGGUUGUCGCCUGAGAGAAUUCCGUAGAAAUUGAAAUGUCCGACGAAGAAAGUAACAAGACCAAGAAUCUGUAUUCACACGAAGCAAAGCUCAUUAACAAAUCGCAACGGGAAUUGGCCGAUGGUAGUGAAAAGGACACAUUAACUAAAUUGCGUUUAUUGUGCUUCAGUCGUGGUGCUACCGGCAUCUCAGGCCUUGGCAGAGCCUUUCGCAAUAUGGACGAUGAUGGCAGUAAGGCAUUAAAUGAAGAUGAAUUCGUCAAAGGUAUACGUGAUUUCGGCUUGGACUUGGGUGAUGAGGAGAUGCAGGAGUUGUUUCAUCAGUUUGACGACGAUGGCAGCGGGUCCAUAAAUAUGACAGAGUUCCUGCUCAAGCUAAGGCCAUCCAUGCCGCAGUGCCGUCUAGACAUCAUUGAUCAAGCCUUUGAUAAAAUGGAUGCAGAUGAUGAUGGAGUCAUUACAGUGAACGACUUGAAAAAUGUUUACUCUGUGAAGGAGAAUCCCAAGUAUCAAACUGGCGAAAUAUCUGAGGAUGAAUUACUCACAGAGUACUUGAACAAUUUCGAAGGAGGACGCGGCAAUAACGAUGGCAUCAUAACGAAGGAAGAGUUUGUCAACUAUUACGCCACAAUAAGUGCAUCCAUUGAUAAUAAUAUGUAUUUCGAUUUAAUGAUGAGACGUGCUUUUGCCUUGUGAAUUUCCAGCCUUUAUAUUUAUAAAUGUUAUUUCUGUAUUAAAUACUAAUUUAUAAAUUUAUAUGUCCGCCUUUUAUUAUUCUAUUUAAAAUUUGAUUUAAUUUUUAAUAAAUGUUCUAAAUAAGA